CCAGGUGAACUAUGCAGUUUCGGCUCCGAGUUGGCUUCGGCCAUUCUCCAAACAGAAGAAAUGAAAGAAUAUUUUAACUUCAAAGGUAGAUUCUUGGCUGGUGGUAAACAUGCAAGUCUAAUAUCCAUACGACUACUACGCCGACUGGAAUUCCCGUCUGCGUUCUUCAUAGCUGCCUGAGUGGAAAAGAAGUUGCGGGAGAUAAUAAUCUCGCCUCAUUUCGCGUCCAGGUUCAGUGGAGUAAAGUGCAUUCUCAUUAGGGUGUGGUUUCUGUCAAGUCUGUGAAGAAAUACUGCUGACCCAUUUGCUGAAGCUCGGCAUGGCGAACGACACCCCUGAGGACAUCGCCACAAUUGGUGACACCUUUACAGAAGAGUCUGAGGUGGGGUAUCCUAAUGAGACUGAUUUCACUUGGUUUGAUUCAGGUGGACUGUUUGUAACAACACCCCAAGCCCCACCAACAAGCUACAAGCAGAGGAGUGAGGAGUUCAAAAGGCUGUUCAAAGAACAAGCAGAUUCUGACAUGCUCAUCACAGAUUACACCUGUGCACUCCAGAGGGACAUUCUGUUGCAGGGACGGAUAUACCUGUCGGAAAACUUCUUGUGUUUCUACAGUAAUGUAUUUCGGGGAACGAAGAUAGUCGUGAACCUGAUGGAUAUCACAGUCAUGACCAGGGAAAAGACAGCAAGAUGGAUUCCAAAUGCCAUUCAGAUCUCCACAGAUACAGAGAAGCUGUUCUUCACAUCAUUCGCUACCAGAGAAAAAAGUUUCCAGAGCAUUUUCCGGAUGUGGCAGAAUUUCUUGCUGGAUAAGCCACUAACCAAACAAGAACUGUGGCAGAUGGUCAAGCAGCACUAUGGGAAUGACUUGGGUUUGAGUCAGGAUGAAAUGGACAGCUUACAGAUAUCAGCAGAUGCCAGUACACCCACCAAUUCCAGCAGCCUGAUCAUGAAGUCGGAGGACCAACCUGGGAGGCUGGAGAGGCCCACUACACUCCGGCUCCAGCAGAUGGAGCCAGUCUCUUACGAGGCCUCUACUCCUCUGGGGGACGACACGCAGUCCUCUCUCGGACAGCAAAGCCCAUUCUCACCUAACGGGGAUGAGUCCCGCGGCACUCCACUUCGCCAGCGGAGCCCUGUGCCUUCUCUAGACCGCCGCAGCUCUGAGAGGUCGUCCAAACGCUCAAACCUGGACCUCAACGCCAACGAGGGCCGCCUAUCUGAACAGAGUGGUUCUGAGAGCGUGGAGGAGCUCGAAGAACCGGAGGAGGAGCAGGAAUCUCUGGCACAGGUGCCGGGCCGUCUCUUUGUGAACCGGGUGUUUCACAUCAGCGCUGAGAAGAUGUUUGAGGUGCUCUUCACUGAUUCCAACUUUAACCGGAGGUUCAUGCGUGUGCAAAAAAUCUCAGGGGCGACCUCCACACCCUGGGAGAGGGACUCCACGGGGAGCAUGAAGAGAACUCUGAACUACACCGUAACCAUCACCAACCCACUAGUGGGGAAGUCCUCCACUGUCACAGAGUACCAGACUUUAUACAAGGAGUCUCGGGAGGGUCAGUACUACAUGGUGGAUGCUGAGGUCUACACACACGACGUGCCUUACCACGACUACUUCUACACCAAGAACCGCUUCUCCAUCAUCCGCAACUCCAAGAAGAAGUGUCGCCUAAGGUUGUACACCGAUGUGAAAUACAACAAGCAGCCGUGGGGUCUGGUGAAGUCUUUCAUCACCAAGAAUUCCUGGAGUGGCCUGGAAGAGUAUUCCAAGCGCUUGGAGGCUGAGCUAUUAGAGGAGGAAGCGGAGCUGACUCAGGGCUCCGGAGAUGCUGGGAAGAUGGUCAGCUUGCGGAGGAGGAGGAGGACCUACAGUCGGAACUUCCAGGAGCACAUGAAGCCUGGGAAGCAGUACGGGCCCGACAAGGAGCAGCGCAGAGAAAGCAAUAUGGGCCCCACAGACAUGAAGAGCACCCACAGUUGGAAUAUCACCACCAUUGUGGCAGGGAUGAGUUUCAUUCUCCUGAUCCUGACGGUGCUGAACCUGGGUCUGUUCUUUAAGCUGUGGGCCAUGGAGGACGUGGCACAUCGUAUGUACAUAAGCACCAAGCAUCGGAUCAGGGAGAGGGCAGAGUCCAGUGUCAGCCCAGAUCUUGGUCAUAGGCAAAGCACUCCACACCAGGCCCAUGAGGAUAUGCACUUACUCCGAGCAGUUCUACAAGACUCAAUUAACCUUUUAGAGCAGCUGCGGACUUCUUUGGUGGUGCUACAGCAGAACUUCCUGGUCCACAACAGAACCACAACCCCUCUAUGAGCCCUGUCUUAAAUACAGUGGGACGAGAAGGUGACGAGGGUGGUGAGUUGCUCUCAGGUUCCAUCUUGCAUGACGCACAAACCAAGGAAACAUCACCAUGGAGACGUCACUCGCGAGAUGGCUGGUUACUAUGGGUAUUGUCUCUGUAGACGUCUUUUUUUGUGGCAGUAUCAGGUGGCUGCGUGUUUCCAUGUGUACACCCAGGAGUGCCGACUGAGUGAAGGAAGGCGGAAAAACAGGAGGGUUUGUUUUCUUAAGUUGUUAGUUUCUUGACUUAAGUUGAAACAUUAUCAUUUUGAUUGACAGAUGUGUAAACCUUUUGCUUUGGCCUCUUUUUGAGCAGUUCAUUCUUGAGCCAGUUUAGGGUGAAGUCCUUCAUCUGAUCCAGUUAGGCCUACAAAGCAUUCUUCUGUGUUCUCUUGACAUCUGUCAGCUGUGAAUGUGUCAUAAGUAAACAUAUAUCCCUGUUUAUUGUUGUUGUUAAAAACUUGUUUACAAGCUGACGUUGUGUCUUGCAUCCUUUUAGUGGACAGAUAUCUUGAUUAUUUCAUUUUGAGAACUUCAGGGACGACAGUUGAUAACUGAGAACCUUUGAUGCUACCAUAUGGCCUUCUAAGUUAGCUUUUUUGCACAUGUUCAUACAUUGUCAUUUUAAUUUGUGCAAUAUUUUAUGUUUUAUCUGUCUUGUCUCGUUAGAUGUUAAUAUAUUUUCGAAUGUGAUUCCAUGAAUUUUAUUUUCUCUUUAAUGGGUCGUGUGUGGUGUAACCACUAGGGUGCUGAUGCUCUGUAUAUUGCUUUCAUAACUUGCAUUUUCUCAGGGAUUACUCGGCUUAAUUAUGUAAAACAGAAACUUUUUGGUAGAAUGUUUUUUUUAUUAUUAUUAUUUUCUUUGAAUAUUAAACUAUUAAAGCUACGAUCCAUACAUGGAUAUAGUUUUUAUACAGCGUAGAGUAAAACAAUCACCACUAUUUUUACACUAUGGUUAAAUGUACUGUACUUAUACGUAUAGGCCAAUUUCAAAACACUGUGAUAACCUUUCAUAAUGUUGCCUUCACAUCACUACCUUGUCACUAAUACUCCGUUUAGCGGACAUCUGGCCUGGCCUUAGAAUUAUAUAGUUCACUAAUCACCACACAGCACUACACAAUUGAUGCGUAGGCAUAAAUGCAAAAAUGAACAUUUUUAAUUGAUUUCAGCUCAGCUGCACAGAUUAGUGUUUACGUGAAGUUUUUGCUGAUAAAUAAAUAUUAAAGGCAAUAAACAUGGUGGUGGAAUUUA